AGCUCGACAAUAGUUGUUGCAUGCUCUUCGUACAGUGAAAUUGUGGCAGACUUGUUAAUUUAAAUUUAUUUACUUUUAAAAUAAAACUUUAAUCAUAUUUCUGAUUUUAAUUAUUCUGACAAAUCAAUAAUAAUUAUCUGCACAAUCAAUAAAAUACAGGAAUACUUUUUGUUUUUAAUAAAAUACUAGAUAUUUUAAGAGAUAAAUCAUCAGUUCCAGAAAUUAUUUUGUUAAAGUCGACGUGUUUUGGAGAAAUGGCAGAAGAACGAUCAGAAAAUAACAAAAAUUUGUGUGCCGUUUUGAGUGGAAUUAAUAAAUUUUCAAUUGAUUUUUACAAAACAAUAUCAGAUUAUGAAAAAGAUAAUCUCAUUUAUUCGCCAUUAAGUAUUGGAAUCGUUUUAUCUAUGGCAGCUUUUGGAGCUCGUGAUAUAACUGAACAAGAAAUAAAAUCUGGUUUACAUCUGCAUCAAGACAAUGAAAUUAAUAAAAACGGUUUUCAAUCGCUUGUUGAUUAUUUUAAUAAAAUUGAAAAGGUUAAAUUUAAAUUAGCCCAAACAAUUUUUACCAUCGAUGGUUUUGAAAUAAAACAUGAGUUCAAAAAUAUUAUAAAAAAUAUAUUCGGAUCUUCGACAAAAAGUAUUAACUUUAAACAUUCCGCAGAAGCAUGUAAAAUAAUAAAUAAAUGGUACGCGAAAAAAACUGAUGACUGUAUUGAAGAGAUUGUUGAAUCUCAUGACUUAGAUAACGCAAUAAUGGUUUUGGCAAGUGUAGUUUAUUUUAGCGGACCGUGGCUAUUUAAAUUUGAUUCAGAAAAUACUCGUCCAAGACCAUUUCAUAUUGAUGGAGAAACUACAAUAAAUGUUGAUGCAAUGUAUCAACUAAAUUCAUUCAACUAUGGACCUCUGCCUGACAUAGAUGCAGUUUAUAUCGAGCUUCCGUAUGAGAAAACAAAUAGAGAUGACGCUACGAGUAUGUUUAUAAUUUUACCAAAUGAAAUAAGCGAUCUGAGUAGAGUUAGAGAAUCACUUGCAGAAAUAAAUUUUAAAUCACUCGAAAACAAUCAAAUAAAAACGGAAAUAUACUUGCAUAUGCCCAAGUUUAAAGUCCAGAGUACACUUAAGCUUGAGCCGUUUCUUGAAAAAAUGGGAAUGACUAAUAUGUUUCGAGACAAUGCUAAUUUUAGUGGUAUUACAGACCGUCUGCCACUUAAGAUCAGUAAAGUAAUCCACAACGCUUUGAUUGGAGUUAAUGAACAUGGAACUGAAGCUGCUACAACUGCUGCAACAAAUGUGCUUUUUGAAUCAUCAAGGAGUUGGCACUCUACACCGAUUACAGUUGACAUUAAUCGUCCUUUUGUUUUUGUUAUUUAUCAUAGCGCUACAAAUAGUAUCUUAUUGCAAGGACAUAUUAAGUCACCGUCAAAUUAAUAAGAAAAAUAAUAUUUAUUAAUUCCAGUUGUGAAAUUAAUUGAGGUAAUAUAAAAUUAUAAAUUAAAUUUACGAGAUGCUAAUUUUAAAAUUAAAUGGCUCAUUAGAAUAAUUUAAAUGGUAGUGAAUAUUACUCACUCAUCCAAAGAGUAGUUUCAAAAAAUAUAAUUAUUUUUAUUUGCACUCUGUAUCAUUGAAAUAAAAAUUAUGCCAUAAUUCAUUUUAUCAAAAAUAUGUUUUAUAAAAAUUUCAUAAUUUUCAUUUGUUUUGUUCACUCAAUCGUUAUAUCAACAUCUGAAUAAGUUUGUACAUCUGUAUGCUUUUAAUAAAAUUCUAAUAAACUAA